UACCGUACCGCAAUACGUUCAUUCUAAAAAAUCGCGGCGCGACGAACAUCAAACCAAAAGCACACAAACGAAGCAAAAGGUAACUGUGAUGGCAGGGUCAAAGAUGUCUUUGCUGCUGGCUGUAGUGUUGGUCCUCUCAGUGCUGCUGACAGGAGCAACGCGUGCUGGGCCUGAAAUGGACCCAUACAAAGUCUUAGGAGUAACCAGGACUGCAAGCCAGGCUGAGAUCAAGAAGGUCUACAAGCGUCUUGCAAAAGAAUGGCAUCCCGACAAAAACAAAAAUCCAGGUGCUGAGGACAUGUUUAUCAAGAUUACCAAAUCUUAUGAGAUCUUAUCCAAUGAAGACAAACGGGCCAAUUAUGACCGUUACGGGCAGACUGACGACACCCAGCCAUAUGGCAACGGUCGCUAUGGUCAUCGCCACGACGGCUUUUACUUUGACGAGUCUUUCUUCAACUUUCCCUUCAACAGCAAGAACCACAGAGAUUUUGCUGACAGCAAGUACACAUUGCACUUUAACCAGUAUAUCAGUGACGUGGUGCCUGAGAGCUACAAGAGACCCUACCUGAUAAAGAUCACCUCUGACUGGUGCUUCAGCUGCAUCCACAUCGAGCCUGUCUGGAAAGAGGUGGUGCAGGAGAUGGAGACUCUAGGUGUUGGAAUAGGUGUGGUGGACGUUGGCUAUGAGAGACGGUUAGCCAAUCACCUCGGUGCUCAUCGCACCCCAUCAAUACUUGGAGUCAUCAAUGGCAAAGUGACAUUUUUCCAUUAUGCUGUUGCAAAGGAGCAUCUGAGGCAGUUUGUAGAGGACCUUCUUCCUCAGAGACUUGUGGAGCGGGUCACUGACAAGAACGACCUGCAGUUCUUGAACAGCUGGCAUGAGCUCAACAAGCCACACGUGCUUCUUUUCGAUCAAGUGCCUGUAGUUCCUCUACUAUACAAACUGACAGCUUUUGCUUAUAAGGACUACUUGCAGUUUGGCUAUGUGGACCAGGGCCUUUCAGAGACCGCCAAUCUGCAGAAACAGUUCAAUAUUAACACUUAUGCUCCAACCAUGCUGGUCUUCAAAGAGAACAUUGACAAGCCUGCUGACAUUAUACAGGCUAAAGGAAUGAAAAAGCAAAUUAUUGAUGAGUUCAUGUCAAACAACAAAUUUCUCCUUGCACCAAGACUGGUCAAUCAAAAACUCUUUGAUGAGCUCUGUCCUGUGAAACAGUUCCAUAGACGUAGGAAAUACUGUGUCCUGCUGAUCACACGCGACGAAGAGACCUUUUCUUUUGGGAACCAGGCGUUUCUCUCAUUUGCCUCCACCAAUACCAAGGAAGUUGUGAGAUUUGCUUAUGUGUACCAACGGCUACAGCAACCAUUUUGUGACAUCCUCAUGCAGAACAAGGACAGUGCACAUUCACCACCGCAGGUGGUGAUCCUGGAGAGGCGUAAUGCUGCGGGGAAGGCCUUGUUUAAGCCUGCGACCACCUGGAAUGGCAGUGAAGAGGACAAGCAGAAUCUUCUGGAGGAGCUGGAGCGACUUCAGAAGGACCCGUCCAUCCUCAUCCAUGAUGCCAUGCUGCCUGAGCUCAACAACGAGUUUGCCUCUAUGUUUGUAAUCCGAUGGAUCUAUGCAUUUUACGAUUACCUCUCUGAAGUCAUCGAUGAUAUUCUGCAUAACAACUGGCGUGAGAUGAUGCCUCUUCUGUCCCUCAUCUUCUCUGCUUUGUUCAUCCUGUUUGGAACUGUGGUCAUCCAGGCCUUUAGUGACUCAAAUGAAGAAAAGCAGACAAAACCAAAGGCAAAGGAUGGAACAAAAGCAGAAAAUGGGUCACCAGGGACUGGUACUUCAAGUCGGCCCCCCAAGAAGAAUUUUGUGGAGGUGACAGAGCUGACAGAUAUCACUUACAUGAGCAACCUGGUUAAGCUGAGGCCAGGACACAUGAACAUAGUGCUGGUGCUCACUGACGCCUCCAAGAACAUCCUCCUUAGCAAGUUUGCCAAAGAGGUCUACUCCUUCACGGGGAGCCUGACGCUGCAUUUCUCCUUCCUGAAUAUUGACAAGCACAGUGAGUGGAUGAACACACUGCUGGAAUAUGCCCAGGACGCCAUGCAGAUCGAUGCGGACAGGGACGACGGUGAAAACCACAAGAUAGACUACACUGGCUACGUACUGGCACUUAAUGGCCACAAAAAGUACCUUUGUCUGUUUAAGCCCGUCUAAACUGGGGAAGACCUUGACACUAAGUCAUCUGAGGAUGAAGGGGGCACUUCAGGGGGGAGAAUGAGGUCCGGUUCCCGUGAUGACCACCCACCACGCAAAUCCAACCGAUCCCGCAGCAUAUCCACCCUGCAGAUCCACCACAAGCUGGACCGCCUGGGAUUGUGGAUGGAAAGACUCAUGGAAGGCACUUUGCCUCGCUACUACAUCCCAUCCUGGCCGGGACUAGACAAGAUCACCCCCUGUAAAUAGAUCGAGGCAAGUUCGGAGGGACUUGGUAUUUAUCUGCUGUCACACAAAAAUGGUUCUCCUCGUUUUCUGCUGAAGUAAGGCUGGAGCUGGCUUUUUUGCACUUGAG